CUGUCGUAGGUAAGCAAUGCCCGAAAAUAUACUUUUGUCUCACCCACGCGACUUCCUUCAACACUCCACACUCAACGGUACUCUACGUCUCAAUCCUUCUUAUCUACCAGAGUGACGACAGGUCUCUAGGUAGCCUUUGUAUUGCCCCCAAGCAGAGCCUACGAUAUAUCCGCGAUCAGACGAUUUCCAGCCGUGGGGUCACAAAGUCGCGAGCGCCAACCAGAGAACAAAAUAUCGAGGUGAAGGAACGUUGGAACACAGAACGGCGCCCGGCAGGAUGUCUUACAGCUUCAUUGGACUCACCAUGCUGGUGACGCUCAGAGAGCCACCUGGAGCGCAAGUGAGGGGUGUGGUCAAGAAUAUCGAGCCUGGAAUGGGCUUGACUCUCAUGAAUGUCAUUUGUACAGGAAAUGGCAAAUACGUCCCAGAGCUGUCACUCAAGGUUGCAGAGAUUGCCAAUCUUGAGCAAGCUACAAAUGAGAACGCUGUUGUUAAUAAGCCUCCUCCUCCUCAAGCAUAUCCUGUUGCCCAAUACCCUUCGCCAGCUGUUAAGCCAAAACAUUUCGAAGAUCCAGCUAUCCUGAGCAUGGGGAAGAGACCAACGCCUGUAAUCAAUCACACACCUGCUCUACCUACACCGCAAUGGAGUGCGACAUCUAUGGAACGGACAGACUCCACACAGACUGCGACAGGAAGGAACUCUCGGUCAAUUCGAGAUAUCACUCCUGCUGCGACAUUAGUGGAGCCCAUGGAGAGCAUGCGCGUCGUCGCUGAGGGUGGAAGUCGUGCAGCGAAUGGUUCCACAUUGGUAGAGGAGAUGGACGGAGAGGCAGAAGUCCAACCAGAGCAACCGGCAGCCAAACAGAAGAAAGCGCGAAGAUCGAGGAAAGGUCGCAAAACAGGAGAGGAUGGCGCCGUAGAUUCAUUAGCCACGACAAAAAAGGAUACUACGAACUCUAAAGGAUGGAGACAGACACCUCUCCUGGAGCCGACGACUUCGUUCCAGCCGUUGGCGACGCUGAAGAAAAAUAGGCGAAGGAAUGGGAAAAUAGAGGAGAAUGGGUGGCAAACCGAGGAUGCUACAGACGUACAGGAGAUGGGCGACUUUGACUUUGUAGGAAGUCUGGCGAAAUUCGACAAGCAUACCGUAUUCAACCAAAUACAAGCUGAAGAUAGUGUCGCGGAUGAGGACCGACUUGUAUCCCAUAAUAGGCUGCCUAAGGCGAAGCCGGGAACAGCUGGUGGAAAGAACUUACAUUACACUGAAAACGUCCUCGAUGUUCCCACUGGCCCAGCAAAAACAACGGCUUGGAAAAGUGAGGCAGGUGACAGUGACGACGAAGAGGCAAGAGGUAGCCAGCGUGGAUCAGGAAGUGGUAGACGCUCGCGCCGAACCGAACGAGCUGAGAGCAAGUUGUCGCUGAACCGAAGACCAGUUUCUCGAAAGGGAAGCGCUGGUAUACAUCCUGCUCGAACCCUUUCAGUAAGGUUUUCAGAUCAUGCCAAGGCCUCAGAUACUAACUGCCAAAAGAUCCCAUCACCCGCUGCCAAACCAUCCUUCUUCCUGGUUCCGUCGGAUCGGCGUUGCGAGACAAUUUCAGCGUUACAGAUGCUCAAUCUUGAGAAUAUUGCAGACAACGAACUUGGCCUUGCAGAAGAUAUGAUGACUGAGAAUGCUGGCCGAGGCAUUGCCGAAGUUGCCUUGUCUGCGCUCAACACCGGUGGCGGGCGAGGUUUAACUCAAGGGAAGAACAGCAUAAUACCUACAGUGGUUGUUUUAGCAGGAAACAACAAAAGUGGACUACGUGCGGUAGCUGCCGGUCGACAUAUUAGAAAUCACGGUUUAAAUGUUGUCAUUUGCGUUCUUGGGCUGGAGCGAGAAUCAGAACUACUUGUUGGCUUAAGACGGCAAAUCAAAGUGUUUCGAGGCUUCGGAGGCAGAACAGUCACCAAAAUUGAGCUUCUGGAGUACGUCAAGACCCUCGAUGCACCUCUUGAGCUGAUUAUAGAUGGUCUACUUGGUCUCACUAUAUCAUUUGAAGAGCUGCGGACAGGCGACCAAGCUACAGCUUACGAGCUGAUUGCAUGGGCAAAUCGGAGCAAAGCUCGCGUCUUGGCCAUUGACGUUCCUACUGGUAUUGAUCCCACUAGUGGAAAGGUCAGCAUUAUCGAUGGUCGCCAACUGUAUAUCCAUGCCGAGUACGUGGUCGCAAUGGGCGCACCAAAGAAAGGUCUCUUGGAGGCAAUGACUCUUGGUGAAGGUAUAGCCGAUGAAGACGGCAAGGGCAAGGACUGGCAGCUAUUUGUUGCAGACAUCGGUUUAGGAGCUGCAGUUUGGAAGAAAGCUGGCACGAGAGUUAGACGUGGAGUGGAGUUUGAUGGUAGCUGGGUCCUAGCCAUGAGAUUCCAAGGAGGUGCGGAGUAGAUCCUACUUCUUAAUUGCCGGACAGGAAGGGGAGUGUUUAUGGGAUGAUGAUUGCAGAUUUGCUUCAUGGUUUUUGCAUAGCUUUAGCAUGGCGUUUUUUCCGCAUGGUUGAGCGGAUGGGGAGAUGAUAUUGUUUCAAAAGGUACGGGCUGGUUGGUUGCAUUGCUGAGGGGUUUAAAGGGCACUGGUGAUCAAAAGGGAAUGGGAAGACUUUGACUUGUUUCUCUUAGCUUGCUUAUGGACAUGAUAUUAAUGGAAGCUCAAGAAUAUUCAUCCCUUCACUACUCUCAGGAACUGCUUCGACAAGACCUGUACGACGUCCUACAUCAAUAGUAUGCAGGACUAGCAUCUUUUGGGCUUAGGUUGCAGGAUUCUUGGCGCCUCG